AUGACAAAAAGACUACCUCUCAGCUGUGAAAACUGCCGGCGAAGAAAGAUCCGCUGUCUAGGAUCUGGAGUGCCAUGCGAUACCUGUCGAAAGCGAGGAGUGGCGUCUUCAUGUCAGUUUAAACGCGAUAUUGAGCCAAAUCCCCAGCCCCGCGAGACAAAUAGCGACAUCCUUCUUCAGCGGAUUUCCGACUUGGAAAGUUUGUUGAUUCGAAACAUUGAGUUGACCUCGAACUCAAGCAAUCAUGAUCACGCUCUCCGCUCGCCCAUUUCCCAGCAUGAUAUCCCCUCAUCCCAUGACGGACCAUCUCAAAAUCCCACCUCAAGCUACUCAGAUGACCACGUUUUCGACAACAGUGACAUGGGACCAGAAAGCGAUGAAGUCGGCAGUAUCGUCACAUCCUCGUCGGGUCAUGUGCGAUAUGUUCCUUACAGUACCUCUUGCGACUCUGAUGUUUUUCAUUCACUGCAAAGUCGCUCUCAGGUGGAAUCGUCGUCCAGUGUGUUUUUGUCUACCGAGGGAAUUCCUAGCACACAGGUCCUUAUAGAUAUGCUACCGCCAUUCCGGCAUUGUGACGAACUCAUCACGACCUUUCUGAAUGUUUUCUCUCCUCUUUUCCACAUUCUUCAUGACGGGACUUUUCAAUCAAACUACGCAAAGUUCAAACAAAACCCUCAAAGCUCUCCCACGUCUUUCAUUGGGUUGAUAUUCGUGUGCUUGGGCCUGGCUGUCACCGCCAUCGACAAGGAAAGUCCCAUCCUAGCAGAUUUGGGCCGAGGGGCUUCAACGGCAGAGAGCGUGAAAUCAUUGGCGACAAAAUACCGAGAGGCGGCGAUGAGGUGCCUGGCGGCGGACAACUUCAUGUGGCAGCAUAAUUUGCACACUCUGCAAUGCCUUAUACUACUUAUAUAUGCCAUCAACCAUGCCCAAGGGCCAGCCUGGGCUCUGCUUGGUACAACACUCAACAUUGCCAUUGCCAUUGGAUGUCACGUUGAUCCUGCGCUUUUGAACUUGCCUCCAGUUGAGAUCCAAGAGAGGCGGAGAGCCUGGGCGGGAUUAAUGAUGCUCUACACCAUUCAGAACACCUGUCUGGGCAACAUGGCUCCAUUCCAAGUCAGGAGCAAUGUUGAACUUCCCGCAGAUGUGGAAGAUGAGGAGGUUGUUUCGGACCCAUUUCAGCAUGCUGUCCAAGAAGUCGAAUCGUCUCCAGGGCCGAAGAAACCGACAAAAAUGUCUUACAUCCUGUUCAAAUUUCGGCUUUACUCACUAGCAUCGGAAAUAUGUGGUCUGAGAGUUAGGGACCUCACGGCAAACUUAGGGAAGCUUUACGCAUUGGAUGGCAAGCUCCAGAAUGAGAUGCAAGCCCAGGCAAUGCGGUUCCAUCAGCAGCUUGAUCUGCCCACAUACCAUCAAGCCCAUUCAUUGAUUUUGAACAACUACACUAAUCACUUGGUUCUACUCUUGCAUAGAAUUUGUCUAUUAAGACCAGAGGGGGCUGAGGAUGGGAGUCUCACCACAAGUUCCGACAAAUGCGAAGAUGCUGCUCUUGCCAUUCUCUCAAACUACGAAACACUCAAUAUGAGGGCGGAUUUUACACCAUACAGAUGGUAUAUCAAUGGUCUUGGGUCAUUCCACGCCUUUCUGGCGAUAUCGAUUUUGCUUGUCUUACUGGGAAAGCCACGAGCUUCACAAAGUCGCAAACAUGUGAUAUUGCAAGCCGUGCAAAGUUGUCUUAGGCGAUUACAUGAAACCGCACCUUACAGCGAGAUAUGUCAACGUGCCUGUUCGAUACUGGACCCAUUGAUGACUGUGGAGCUUUCCCCCCCCGCCCCGCCCAUCUCUGUUUCCGAUGGCGUGAGUAAUAUGGGAAGCACAAGUGGAUUUGGAUCGGUUUCUGAUUCCAUGGGUGUGGCUAGCAUCGGGUUUUCCAUAGCUCCUGACCCGAGCUUCUGGGAACUACCGGAAUCCUUUGAGGAAAUAGUGGCCAAAAUACCCUGCGAGCAAUGGCUUUCUCCGGCAGUAUUUCCAUGGGCAGAUCGAUGCCCGAUUUAG